CCAGGGACACCAGAUUCAGCCAAGGAUGCAGGCAAAACAACUCAGGAUUUGCCCUCCAGAAAAAGCUGGUCAAUUAAUUUGAAUCAACUUCUCAUCUCAGUGGGGGACCAGCAAAGAUUACAGUCCAUUUUGUCAUCGGUGGGGUCAACAUCUACCAUCCUCACUCUCAUUCAGGAAGCGAAGACACAAUCAGAGAGUAAAGAAGACAUUUGCUUUAUAGUUUUGAAUAAAAAAGAAGGCUCAGGUCUGGGAUUCAGUGUGGCAGGAGGGACUGAUGUGGAGCCAAAAGCAAUCAUGGUGCACAGGGUGUUAUCUCAGGGGGCGGCUUCUCAGGAAGGGACCAUGAACCGAGGGGAUUUCCUUCUGGCAGUCAAUGGCACCUCAUUGGCUGGCCUUGCCCACAGGGAUAUCGUGAAGGUUCUCCAUCAGGCACAGUUGCACAAAGAUGCCCUCGUGGUUAUCAAGAAGGGGAAUGAUCAACCCAGAACCUCUACGAGGCUGGAGCCUCCUAUAGCUAACAGGAAGGGUACGCUGUCCAGAAAGAACAUCUCCCUGGAGCCUGGAAUUGGCAGAAGCGUAGCUGCCCAUGAGGCGCUGUGUGUGGAAGUGCUGAAGACCUCUGCUGGGUUGGGAUUAAGUCUGGAUGGAGGAAAAUCUUCUGUGUCUGGAGAUGGGCCUCUGUUCAUUAAAAGAGUAUACAAAGGUGGUGCAGCUGAACAAGCUGGAAUAAUAGAAGCUGGAGAUGAAAUUCUUGCCAUUAACGGAAAACCCCUGGUUGGCCUCAUGCACUUUGACGCCUGGAAUAUUAUGAAGUCUGUCCCAGAGGGGCCUGUGCAGUUAGUCAUUAGAAAGCACAGAAAUGCUUCGUGAAACAAGCGUGUACCACUAGUGCUUGUUACAUUUUUUUUUAAGAAUCUUCUUUUCUCAGUUUCUUUCUUACUUUAGCAAAUUAAUCUCUUUAAACAAUGAGAUCCUGAAAUAACAAAGAGAAACAUUUGUGUCAGCAAGGACUGUAAAAAUCUCCAAGUUUUGACUUGUACGUGAAGCCUGCCACGUUGUGUGUACUGCAGCAAUGAAGUUGAACUCUGGAAGCUUCCACCUGGAUAGCUAGGCCUGGAAGGUUCAUUUUCGUUUCUGUUCCAGUGCCUGCCCCCAGCCUUUUUGUUUGCUGAUGCGGGUGCAAGACGUGACUUGCCCUUCUUCAUCUGAAACAUUUAACUAGACUUUUGCGCCCUCUCCCUAAAUACCCAAUCCUGACGAUUAGGGAGCACCUGAAAUCUGAGGGCAGGCACCACAAAUGUCACAGCUGAAAGGACUAUAGUUUCA